AUGGCACUACACGACGGCCUCGUCAACUGGCCGCUCUUUUUCGGUUGUAUUCUUCUCGGUUUUGGACCUCUCGCUUCUCUCUUCUUUAUCGUCGUGGCAAAACGUGCGCAACUUGUCAUUAUUUCACUCAGUGGUGCUUUUAUUUGGCUUGUUGCGAUCCUCGUCACGGCGUCUCUAUGGCAUCUUAUUCCCCCUUUGAAGACAUCACUUGCAGCUACAAUUCCACUCGGUGUCAUUGUUCAAGAAGCUUUUCGUCUGCUCUUUUUUUACCUCUAUACACACACGGAAUUGGCUGUAAAACGGUUGACGACGUCAUGUCAUCAAUUGCCACUUAAUGACAUCACAUCAUCACUUGCUGGUGGUGUUGGAUUUGCGCUCAUGCAUUCUCUGUUAAUGUUUGGAAGUCUUCUUGGCUCAUCUACCGGUUCACGUGGUGCUGCUUUUUCCACUUCAUGUGAUAGUAUUCCAUUGAUAUUUUCAGCUGCGAUUUCUACAUUGGCAUUAACGAUCAUCGACGUUGGAUUGAUGAUUAUCGCGUUUGACGGGUACCGAAAACGAUCGGUAUUAUUAAUUGGUACCGUCUUUGGAAUUCACAUGGGUGUCGCUUUAUCGGCACUGGCUAAUCUCGACACAAAUGGCUGCUUUAUUUCUAUCCCGGUCCAUUAUGCUGGUGCAGUCUUGGUUUGUUUGGGUGCUACAACUAUUGGUUAUCGCUCCAAGAGACUCACUGUUGAUGCCAAAUAA